AGAGCGCAGUCAGUGCAGCUUCGGCAUCCGAGCAGUGUGCAUGAUCACAUCGAUCAUCAAUAAAUAGUGAUCUUUAAAAGCAAGUUUAAUUUGUGCUUCCAAGAUGAUGCAUCAUCAUGCAAUGAACGGUGUUAACAACUCGGCGUUGGCUGGGAUGUUACCCUUGGAUUCCUACGGAUUGUACGAACAACCUAAACCUAGGUUUUUGUUUAAAAUACCACGAGUUGUACCUAAUCAAAAGGCGAAGUUUGAGAGUGAUGAUUUGUUUAAGAAAUUAAGUCGGGAAAGUGAGGUGCGUUACACUGGUCAUCGAGAUCGUUCUUUAGAAGAACGACAGAUGCGGUUUCAGAAUGCGUGUCGCGAAGGUUUCAUCGAAGUUGUCUUCACUAACAGUGGUACGAAUCUUCAACUUGUCUUCACACCGCCUUCGAAUGGUUACGUGGCUGAGAAACAGUGCGAUUUUGAUAAGGAACUCGGCAAGGUACAUAUUAAAUCUGCAUUCAUUAUGAACGGAGUUUGCGUCCGGUGGGUAGGUUGGAUUGAUUUGGAGCGACUUGACGGCAUCGGAUGCUUGGAAUACGCUGAAGAUCGCGCUGCGGCUGAAGACGCACGACUUCGUCAGCGAUAAAUUCACAAAAAAUACAAAAACAACGUCUUACAUAUUACCUAUCAAAAUCUAUCAAAAAGAUAGCUAAGUGUUGCUAUGAUAGAAAAGUACUGUUUUUUCAGUUGGGGAAGUGCUGUUUGUUGAUUAAUUCCACUUUAGUAUUUUGUAUUUUGAAUUUUUCCAUUUUCAAUUUUACAUUUAGUAUUUAAACUUGUGAUUGUGUAUAAUAAUUUUUAGGUAGAGUUAAUAAGACUUAGGAGAAAUGUUUAUUAGUUGAUAUCAAAGUGCUGCAAUAAGUUUAUUUGCUGUAAUGUUUAAUUUUUGUGAUAUUCGACAUAAUUACGAUUAAUUAUUUGGUAAAUAAAUGAUUAUUAAUAUAAA